ACGUGGGGUAAAAUUUCAGAACUCUUGGUGAAACGGCGCCGUUUUCUCUACUUUUAUACACUGGCAGUCCCUCCCAAACGCGAGCCACUGCCGUUGGAUCUCCACCACCAUACUACCGCCAGGCCCAACCGUGCUCCACCGCCGUUCUUCCUCCAUCUCCACCGCCUGCCUGGGUUUACUGCUACAUGGAUCCAACCUCUUCAUUGUGUUCAACUCCUCGAUGGAAUGUUGAGAGACCCUUUCUCACCGGUCAAUUCCACCAGGAAACAAAGCCAUCCUCUCUAAUUGCUGAAUCAAAGGGUUUUUCCAUGGAUUCAUUUAGUCUUGGAAUGGAGAAGGCCAUAAGUUCCUAUAAUGCUUCAAUUCAGGAGCUGCUUGUCAUUGACGAUCUUCUGUCUUCUUUGGUUGGAAUUGAAGGACGAUACACUUCAAUCAAGAGAGUCCAAGGGAAGGAUAAUAAUUUUACCUUCAAGGUUGAUGCAUCUAUGGAUUUAGCACUUCAGGAAUCAGCAAAACGGUUAUUCCCUUUGUGCGAGAGCUAUUUGUUGAUUAAUCAGUUUGUAGAAUCAAGGUCUCAGUUCAAGACCGGACUAGUUAAUCAUGCCUUUGCUGCUGCACUACGAGCUCUCCUCCUAGAUUACCAGGCCAUGGUGGCACAACUUGAACAUCAGUUUCGACUAGGAAGACUUUCUAUUCAAGGAUUAUGGUUCUACUCUCAGCCAAUGAUGGGACCAAUGCAAGCACUGUCAAUUGUGAUAAAAAAGGCUUCAGCUGAUAAUUUUGUGGGCUCGGCAGUUCUUAACCUCUUGCAAAGCCAGGCUAAGGCCAUGGCAGGUGAUCAUGCAGUGAGGUUAUUACUGGAAAAGAUGACACAAAGUGCAAGCUCUGCAUAUCUUGGCAUAUUAGAAAGGUGGGUGUAUGAAGGAGUGAUUGAUGAUCCUUAUGGUGAAUUUUUUAUUGCCGAGAACAAAUCUCUUCGAAAGGAGAGUCUUACUCAAGAUUAUGGUGCAAAGUAUUGGCGACAACGUUACAGUCUGAAGGAUGAUAUUCCUAGCUUCCUAGCAAAUGCCGCCGGAACAAUUUUGACGACAGGAAAAUAUUUGAAUGUGAUGAGAGAAUGUGGGCAUAGUGUUCAGGUUCCUGUGUCAGAAAAUAUAAAAUUGAUGAGCUUUGGCACAAAUCAUCAUUAUCUUGAGUGUAUAAAAGCUGCAUAUGAGUUUGCCAGUGGUGAGCUUUUAAAUCUCAUAAAAGAAAAGUAUGACCUAAUGGGAAAGCUGCGGUCUAUAAAGCACUAUCUUCUUCUUGAUCAGGGUGAUUUCUUGGUUCAUUUUAUGGAUAUAGCUCGAGAUGAGCUCUUGAAGAAGCCUGAUGAGAUUUCUGUUGAGAAGUUGCAGUCUCUGCUAGACCUUGCUUUGCGCACCACGGCAGCUGCAGCUGAUCCUUGUCAUGAGGACCUAACAUGUUGUGUGGAAAGAUCUAGUUUGAUCAAAAGGCUGUGCACACUCAAAGAUCUUGAAAUCAACCAGACUGUUUGUGAUACUAGUGAUUUAGAGGAACCAGUGAGCAUUACUGGCUUGGAAACUUUUUCUUUGAGUUAUAAGGUUCACUGGCCAUUGUCUCUUGUUAUAUCAAGAAAAGCCUUAACAAAAUAUCAGUUGAUAUUCCGUUUCCUGUUUCACUGUAAACAUGUGGACCGCCAGCUUUGUGGGGCAUGGCAAGUACAUCAAGGUGUCCGUUCUCUUAAUACACGAGGAACUGCAAUCUCUCGGUCGUCUUUGCUGUGUCGUAGUAUGCUUAAAUUUAUUAAUAGCCUUCUACACUAUCUAACAUUCGAGGUUCUUGAACCCAACUGGCACGUGAUGCAUAAUAGACUACAAACAGCAAAGAGCAUAGAUGAGGUUAUCCAAUACCAUGAUUUUUUCCUUGAGAAGUGUCUGAGGGAAUGCUUGCUUCUUUCUCCUGAACUUCUUAAGAAGGUGGAGAAGCUGAAAUCUAUAUGCCUUCAGUAUGCUGCAGCAACUCAAUGGGUGAUCUCAUCUUCCAUUGACAUUCACAAGAUUGACUCACCAUAUGAUGCCACUGAAAAUGCAACAGUCACCGAUUCUAUUUUGAAAUUUGAGAGGGAAUUCAAUUCGGAGCUUCAGAAUCUGGGGCCAAUUUUGAGCAAGAGUUCUCAAGCAGAGCCAUAUUUAACUCAUCUUGCUCAGUGGAUUCUCGGCGCUGGAAGGGACCAGUAGUAAGUUCUGAACUCUUCGCUCAUUUUUGGGAGUGACCAUGCUCCUUAUGACUUGAUUUUGUAUGUUACCUUGCAUUUGAUUGUAUUAUUGGUCAAGUAUAUGUGUGUGUGUGUGUGUGUGUGAGAGAGAGAGAGAGAGAAAGAGAGAGAGAGAGAGAGAGAGUUUUACUCAUUAUGUAAUUCAGAUUAUGGUGAUGAGGAGACCAGACAAGGUAGUGGGGGUGUUGACACGACGACCCUUUUUGCUAAUUUGUGAUUUGAAUUUAAACAUGAAUGUAAUGGGUGUUGUUUUUGUUGGGCUAUAUAUAGUUUGUUUCUUGUGA